CACUUCUUUAUUUCUCCAUACGUAAAACAUAACGUGUACCAUAUCUCAGUUUCAUCUUGGUGUUCCUCAAACCAUAAUAGCUAGACUCUAGCGUUGGAUCGUCGUGAUAAAAUAUUUCAAGAAAUGAGUGUGUUUCCUGGAUUUGGUGGUUGGAUCAAUCAGAACAUAAAACAGGAUCCUCAGGCUGAGUCCAGGAGAUCAGAGAAAGAUACCAAUAAUGAGGAAGAACCAAGUUAUGACGAAGAGGAGAUGAAGAGGCAAGAUGAACUUUGGAAAGCUGCACAAAAGAAGCAUCCAUGGUAUGAUGCACCUCCUAAGGUGAAGGUUACAACAAAGAAGGGUCUUUGUCAUAUGAAUAUAGAAUUGACAUUUGGCUUGACUCCUGAUGGUGUCUUCGAACUUUUCACUAGUCCAAAUAACGGCUCACUCUUCUUCGAUAUGGAUAUGAAUGGGCGCCCGCUUCUGGCAACCAAAUCAAGAAAGGUUUUGAAAAAGGAUGGACCGAGGCAGACGGUGAAGUUGGUGAAAGCUGUAGCAUGGGACUUUCUUUGGUGGUCUGGAUAUUUCCCGAUAAAGCUAAUUGUCGAUGUAAACAAAAAAGAUCUCACAGCAAAAUAUAAGAAAGAGAAAAUGAUGUUCAUGAAAGUUUUCAAAGGUAACUGGAAAAUAGAGCCACUAUACGUAGAUUCAGAACGUUUGUGCAAGCAAAAGGAGCCAAAGAGUCUACAAGAAUACAAAACAUGUAGUGGCGGCCAAGGAAGAGUUGCCUCGAAAGUAACAAUGGACCAAUAUUUUCAGCCAUAUCCUCCUUUUAAUCUGCCGCCAAUUUCUUGGUUCAUUCGUGAUAUCACCAUCCGAACCACCGAAACUCUACUCAAAAUGCUUCAACAUGCGGGUGCCGUACUACGAGAGUGAGUCUCUAGAUAACGCGACAUUAUAAAGACAUCCAGCUACAAACAUGGAAAACACUAACCUAACUGAUCACACAUAUGUAUGUUGCAAGUUGUAACAAAGCUCAAUACCAAUAUUAUAUCUGGUACAAUGUAAAAGCAUGAAAUGGUUCAACCGGAUGAUUCCAA